AUGACGCACUUCGCUCCUUUGCAGAAUGACCUGAUCCUGCGCACCGCCAGGGGCGAAAAGGUCGAGCGCGCCCCCAUGUGGGUGAUGCGCCAGGCCGGCCGCUACCUCCCCGAGUACCACGAAGCCAAGGGCAAGCGCGACUUCUUUGAGUGCUGCCGGUCGCCCGAGAUUGCGUCGACGCUGACCCUCCAGCCCAUUGAGCGCUUCGCCGGCCUGAUUGAUGCCGCCAUCAUCUUCUCCGACAUCCUGGUCAUUCCGCAGGCCAUGGGCAUGGACGUCGUCAUGGUCGACAAGAAGGGCCCGCACUUCCCCGACCCUCUCCGCUCGCCCGACGACCAGCAAUACAAGGACAUCAUGGCCCGCCACGUCGACGUCAAGAAGGAGCUGCAGUACGUCUACGACGCCAUCACCCUGACGCGCAAGAAACUCGCCGGCCGCGUGCCGCUGCUCGGCUUUUGCGGCGCUCCGUGGACCCUGCUCAGCUACAUGGUCGAGGGCGGCGGCAGCAAGAUGUUCAAGGAGGUCAAGACAUGGAUCUACAAGUACCCCGACGCGAGCAGAGCUCUGCUGCAGAAGAUUGCGGAGCUGUGCGUUGAUUACCUCGCCGAGCAGGUUCUAGCAGGCGCCCAGAUGAUCCAGGUCUUCGACUCGUGGGCCGGCGAACUUUCUCCUGCCACCUUCAAAGUCUUUUCCUUGCCGUACUUGAAGCACAUUGCCGACAAUCUGCCCAACCGCCUGAAGGAGCUGGGCCAUGAGCCCGUGCCCAUGACAGUCUUUGCCAAGGGUGCUUGGUACGCAUUGGAGGACCUCUGCCACACCAACUACAACGUCAUUGGCCUUGACUGGCUGCAUGACCCCGCUGAGACGUACAAGAUUGCCAACGCAAACGGCAAGGUCGUGCAGGGCAACGCCGAUCCCGGUGUGCUCUAUGGCAGCAGACAAGCCAUUACUGCUACCGUCGAGGAAAUGGUGCGGGGCUUCGGUGGCGGUAAGCAAGGCUGGAUCGCUAAUCUGGGCCACGGAAUCACUCCUUUCGUCAACCCAGAUGACUUGAAGUUCUUUUUUGAGGAAAUCCACCGUUGCUGCAAAUAG